AUGACUUGAUUUUUUUUGGAAAAGAAAUGUUGUGGGAUCCCUUUGGAAUUUUGCAUAUUCAUCCGGGGUAUUACAAUAGCGGUGCUUGGUUACACAAUGACAACAAUAUGGAGGGAAAUCGACAAUCUACAAUUUGAACUUAUUGAGAAUUUUAUUGGAUAAAUUUAAAAAAAUAAAACAUUAUGGAUGAACGACAUUGGUGGUUUGCUACUAAACUGCAAGAAACGUUUCAUAUUGGAGCGUUGGAUAAUCCUACGAUGCUCGAGGAUUUCAUGGCAGAGCAAAGCACCCUUGACUUCAUCAAUGACUUCUUGGCACCUGAAGGACACAAAAAGCUGUUUUUUACUUGCCCUAGACCGGACCCUAACAGUCUAACAACGCGUAAAAUGUCAGUGACAAGUAGUUGUGCUAAACUUAAAGAUGUUAUGGAUGAAAAUGCAAUUUGUCUGUACUUCAUUCGCUCCGAUGUAAAUCGUGUUAUCGAUCCAACAUGCGUUGAGAAAGAAGUGUACUGCGGUGAAAUCAAAGAAAAUCCUUUGGUUAGCUUUAGUUCUUUGCUAUCUGAGGUUUUUACACCAAUACUGCAUGCACAGAAAGACUGGGGACAAUGCAGUGACGAUGAACACCAACAUUUUCUGAAUCAAAUCGACAAAUACACCAACACACUUGUUGAAUAUGCCAAUGCAACCAUAGCACCGCAGCAAAUAUUGAAGAAACCGGAUUGCCAAGUAAAUACUGAUUUUAAGCAAAACAGGGCUGCUGCAGUCAACCCAGUCAUAUUGCAGGAUUAUGAAAACCUUGUUUCAGACUGGAUAUCUACAAUUGAGAAUAUUUUGAUAGAUGGUCUUGAAGACAGGUCUGAUAAUUAUGCGGGUCCCUUAAGUGAGUUGGAUAGGUGGAAACGAAGGCAGAAGCUGUUAAUUAGUGUGACAGAUCAACUUAAAGGCAAGGAAUGCAAGUCUGUGAUUGCUGUACUGAUUACAGCCAAGUCAAAAGUACUCAAGAAGUGGAAAAUGAUUGAUGCCAGUAUAACAGAUGCCUUAAAUGAAACCAAAGACAAAGUACGCUACCUGGAAUCUAUUCGUAAGUACCUGGACCAGAUGUAUUCUGGUGUUCCAUUAGGUACUUUAUGUAGCUCCACACUUCCUGGCUUAAUGGCAAGUAUACGGCAGAUGGAUUCAGUUUCUAGGUACUAUGCAAGAAGUGGUUAUCUGGGGCUGUUGUUUUCAAAGAUUUCCAAUCAGCUUGUAGCAGCAUCUAAAGCAUAUAUACGUGGCUCUACUAUAAUUGGUGAUGAUGACAAACUAUGGAAUAAAGUACAAGAAGAAGUUGAGUCUAGCACCCCUUUGCCGGUGAUAAAAACCAAAACCAAAAAGAAAGGACCCAAAGAGACAGUUACUGCUAAUGAAGAUGCCUUUAUUGCACGAUUAAACAGCUGUCUGUCUCUACAGAAACAAUAUCGUGACAUGUUAAGAAGUUUGCGUGACAGUCUUGGUGGGUCACACAACCUUUCAUCAACUACCCCGAGUAUGAUGGCAAUGAACAAAAGAAUAAUGACUGGUGGGAGUAAUAUCAAUCUCAUGUCACCACAGAGUCAUAGUGGUAUGAGAAUGUCAAUCACACAAAGCAGCAGACAUAAGGGAGAUCUUGAUAGUGUUACAAGUCAAGGUAGCAGUGGCAUUGCCUUAUCUGAUGAAGAAUCUAUCAUGGCAUAUAUGGAUACCUUUUGUGUUCAUGUGCGUAACAUGAUUGACAUUAUCCAGACACUUGGACAGCUCACUAAGUUGGUGUCAGACACUAGGAAUCUGCUGCGUAUUCCCCUUGAAUAUGUGAUGAAUGGCCCUCCUGUUGAGGAUGAAGAAGGAGCUAAUGGAGAAUCACAAGAUGUGAAAAAGACACCAUCAAUGACCAGCAGCUUAGAACCUAACAAUCUAUUAGAGGUUUCCAGUAGCAUUAUUGAUGAAGAUGGAGAUGAAGAGGUUGAGGAGAUGUUCAGCACCAAUCCAACACCGAGCAUUGCUAGUAUUUUAGGGGACACUAUAAUGGACAUGAGAUCACAGCUUGAGAAGGCCAUCACUACAAGUGUCUUUUUGGACAUUGAAGCCAAAACUAAAGACAUCUUUGAGCAAUGCUACACAAACUUUGUCACUUCAGUACGGAAAGUUGAAGGGUUUAUUUGCAACUAUCUACUGGGUGUAUUCUUAUCAAAGUUGACCAUACGUAAUGCAUUAGGGAUUGUAACAAGCUUCAAUAGUGUAAUCAAUAGACCAGCUCUUAGAGCCAUUCUCUCUGAGAAAUACCUGGAAGUGUUUACAUGGUUUGAAAGUGAACUUGAAGAUGUCCAGAAACUCUAUGAAGAAGAAAAAGAAGCACCUCCUCUAGUACGGAACUCACCAAUUGUUGCUGGUGCGAUCACAUGGUCAAGAAAUCUGCUGAGGAGAAUAGAAGAACCUAUGAAGAUAUUCAAAGAAAACAAGUUUGUGACUGCAUACAGAGACUUCAACCGCAUAGUAAAAUUCUACAACCGCAUCGCAGCAGCACUGGUCAAGUUUGAAAAUCUGUGGUUGAGUUUGUGGAAGUCUCGUAUUGAUAGUGUCUACAUUGGACUAAAGACAACAUUAUUGGCAAAAAAYCCAUCAAACAACCAACUGAUUGUCAAUGCAGAUGGGAGGGUUUUUGAGUUGAUUCAGGAAAGUAAAAGUCUCUUAAGACUAGGAAUUUCACUUCCAGAGACUGCUGUUGAGAUCUUGAAACAGGAAUCACGUUUGAAGAAGUACAAGCAGUCCUUAGAGCUUGUCCUGCAAGACUACUAUGGAGUUUGCGCAAGUGUACCAGCACCAUUAAAAAAAUUACUCACACCACAUAUGGAGUCUGUACUUCACUACUUACAGCCAGGCCUAUCUACGUUGAACUGGAACAGCAUGAAUAUUGAUGCUUACUUACAUCAAGUGCACUCAGCUACUGACAGACUUAGGGAUAUUGUAGAUAGUAUCAACAAAAUUAUCAGAGAUGGUGUAGAGAGGAAGAUUAAGAAAAUAGAAAAAAUUAUUCUAUUUGAUCCCACCUUGGCCUACUCUAAAGUAUGGACAGUUGAUGCAUUUGUAGAAUCUGAGGGGAAAGCUAUUAAGAUUCAAGCCAAAGGACUUUAUGACUUGAUUAAAGAUGUUGAGAAUGCUUUGCAGGAGAUAAUUGCCAUAUCCCAGCAGCGACGCAUCACAUCUCCUGGCAGUCCAUUACUGACACCGACUCCCAGCACUAGCUAUGGACUAGAUCAACAUGGACCUUCUACACCACGCAUGAGUAAAAUAGGAACAAUUAUAUCAUCUGCCCCUGUAACCAGGGUGGGGACUGGAGUGAGUGGUCUGACAGAUGAGUCAGUGAUUGGUGAUAUAUUUGGUCAUUAUUGUAGUAUGGUAUUUGAUUCUGUUUUGUCAUCAAUAUUGUCUUCCUUGAUGGUGUUUGGUGACUGUGUACAACCUUUGGGCAGGAUGACAAGUGGUAUUCAAGUACAACAACUAAGUGAUGGUGACACAAGUGAUGAGUUAGGUGAUUUUGAGGUUCUUGGUACUUCAAAUCAAAAUGAGCUUCUAAAGUUUGAGGUUGAGAUCAGGUUUAAUAUUCCUGAUAUUGUAAUAGAGCCUAGCCUAUCAGUGAUCCAGGAAGGUGUUAAUAGAAUUGCAGGUGAAUUGGUAGAUGCAUCCAAAGCCAUCAUGUGGUGGGCAGCUGAUGUCAAUCAGUCAUUUUACAGUCAAAUCCAUUGUCAUGACAAAAUUGUUAGUUACCUUGAUCAACUCUCCACAGUUGUGACCGGUUUACAGCAGACUGUGGAUCGUCAGCUGUUGAAAUUCCGCCGGUACGAUUUCCUGUGGAAGGAUGACAUGCAUGCAUUGUAUCAUUCCUUUGUUGAAAGUGAUCCUGGCACUAACAAGUUUAAAGAAGAAAUAGAAAACCUGCAAAGAAUUGAAGUAAAUGUGUCCAGUAUUCCUGAUAUGCUUAAAAUUGGAUCAGUAUGUCUGAAUACAUCUCCUAUUAGAGACUCACUGCAUGGUUUUGCUGUAGCCUGGAAACUACGCUACUCUACACAGCUCCAUGAAGAAGCUAAGGUUGAGCUGGAAAAAAUUGUGACAAGCAGGAAUGAAAUUUAUGAGAGACUAUCGAAACCUGUCACAACCCUCGAUGAGUUAAACAGUGCAUUCCAACUUCUUCAGAUGUUGAGUGACAUGGAGAACACUAUAGAUGAUGUUUACCUACCAGUUGAAAAUCUAUACGAUAAACUAAGGGAAUACAAGCUUGUUUUACCAAGAAAGGAAGUUGAGGAGGUUGAUAACCUGCGUGAUGAGUGGGUUAAACUCAUUGAUCUUGCUGAAAAGGUCAGGACAGAGCUACUGAUCAAAAAACGUGGAAUGUUUGAACAAGAACUAGAUAAGGAGGUUAAGGCUUUUGUGGUUAAUGUCAUCCAGUUCCGUAAUAGUUUUGAUACUCAAGGACCUGGUGUAUCUGGGGUUCGUCCAUCUGAAGCAGUAUCAAGACUUCUGAACUUUCAGCAACAAUAUUCACAGUAUGAAGCCCAUCGCCAGACAUUAGAUUCUGUACAGCUAUUAUUUGGCAUCAUACCAGCACCAUUCCUGGAACUUGACAAAACUGGAGAGGAACUGCAGCUGCUUGGUCAACUGUAUGGUCUGUUUCAGCAAUUCAUAUCAUUUGACCAAAGAUUCCGGGAAACUCUUUGGUCUGAAGUUGAUUUGAUAGUUGCUAAUCAAGAGAUGGAGCAUUACUGGCAAGAGUGUAUAAGGCUACCGUCACGUAUUCAAGGAUGGGAAGCUUUUAAAGAAAUGAGAGAUGCAAUUAAACACUACCUUGAUGUCUUUCCAAUCCUACAUAAACUCAAUGCAAAGGAAAUUCGUAAUCGGCAUUGGCUGCAAGUGAUGAGUGUGACAGGGUCGUCAUUUCAACUUGAGGCUCACAUCUUUAAACUGGUUCAUCUUCUGGAUAUUGGUCUACUUGAACAUCAAGAUGAAAUACAAGACAUUUGUCGUUCUGCAAGUAGAGAACUUGAGCUAGAGUUGAAGAUGAGAAGCAUUGAAGAGGAAUGGACAGAACAGGUUCUAACAUUUGAAAACUUUAAGAACCGUGGAUUGGUUUGCCUUAGUCACAGUAACACAGAAAACCUGCUUGAUUUGUUAGAAGAUGCACAAGCAACAUUAGCUGUGAUGCUGACAUCAAGAUACAUUGGACCACUACGAGAAGAAGCUGCUGCCUGGGCCUUGAAGCUGAAAGAAAUCAGUGAAGUACUUGAACAGUGGUUGACAGUUCAAGAUCUUUGGAAACAUUUGGAAGAAGUAUUCAGCAACAGUUCAACAGCAAAGGAGCUACCUCAGGAGUACAACCGUUUUGCAAGAGUUGAUAAAAGCUACAUGAAGAUGAUGAAAAGAGCAUAUGAAACCAAGAAUGUUUUACAGUGCUGUGUUGGUGGAGAUGUUCCCAAAAUUCAAAUGCUGAAACAUUUGCAUGAGGAACUUGAGAUUUGCUUCAAGUCCCUUGUUGGAUUUCUUGACUCUAAGAGAAAAGUUUUUCCAAGGUUUUGUUUUGUGACAGAUACAGUUCUCUUGGCUAUUCUCAGUAUUCCACACAAUCUUGAUUCAGUAAAACCUUACAUAAGAUGUCUCUUCUCAAGUGUUCGAGAUGUCACACUUAAACAAUCUGAAAAUGUGAAUGACCUGCAGCGCAAUGUGCUGCUUUCCAGUGCAGCUAAGUGGCGUAAAAAGAUCCGUGAAGAGGGAGGAUCAUUUGUAUCAUMACAAGAUGAAGGAAGGUCUCUAAGAACACCAGAUAUACAAGCAACAAUAAGGGAAUCAGAUCACCGUACAAGUGUUGUCAACUCUUCCCUUGAGUUGCGCUCAGGUGAUGGAGACUGGAGGAAUACAGUACCACAGUGUACUGCAACUGCUGUUACUUCUGAGUUUGGUGAGACUGUCCAGCUUAAGGCACAGAUUCCAUUGAAAUCAAGUGUAGAAGUUUGGUUGUCAGGUCUACUAAGAAGUAUUAACGAGUCACUGUAUUCUGAUAUUCAAGAUUGUAUCAAAGACAUUGAUGCAUCAUUGAGUAUUGAAGAAUGGUCUGGAAAGUAUCCUGCUCAAGUCUGCCGUCUUGGUCUUCUUUAUGUUUGGACUAGAGAAUGUGAAGCAGGUAUAGCUGACAUCAGAAUAGACAGGAAAGCAUUGCCUAAUGCUACUAAGCGGUUCUGGUCAGGGUUGAGUAAAUUACCCAACUUGUUAACCAGAGGAACUUGGAAGCACAGCGAAGGUCCCAUGCCAGUACACCAUAAGAUGAGACUAGAAUCCAUGCUCUCGCAAGGGAUGUAUCUAAGAGAUAUUCUGGAUGAUCUUGCCAAGCGCAAGCUUAGAGAUAUAGUUGACUUUGAGUGGAAGAGAAACAUUAGGUUUUAUGGCCAUACAAGCAAUCACACUUCUUCUGGACCAGCUGUCACUUUAGAAGAUACAGGGGAAGUCACACAAAUGCCUGUAGUGGACAAACCAAUGUCCAGUGAACCAUUUGUUAUCCACAUGCUUGAUGCUCAGCUACCAUAUGGUUGUGAAUUCCAUGGCAAUGAUGGCAGCCUAGCACUAACCCCAGCUACUGAAAGAUGUUUCCUUACAUUAACACAGGCAAUUUGGAGCUUUAAUGGUGGUGCUCUGAAAGGUGCAACAGACACUGGAAAGACAGAAACUAUAAAGGGACUAGCAUAUCUACUUGGAAGAUAUUUAGUUACAUUGAGUUGUUCAAAUGGAAUGGCUACUGCUGGUAUUGCCAAGGUUAUUGUAGGCCUAGCUGAGGAGGGCUGCUGGGGUCUGUUAGAUGAGUUCCAACAAGUUAAUCAAGAUGUAGUAUCAGUAAUGGUACAUGAGAUUCAGGCAAUUCUGUUGGCAAUGAGAGCUGGCUUGUCUACUUCUACAAUUGAUGAUGGGAAAGAGAUCAAUGUGCGGCCUAACUUUUCAGUAUUCUUGACUGUCUCAACAACUAAUCAAACAAUAGACCUACCACCUGAAGUAAGGGCUUUGUUCCGUACCUUUGCUAUGCUUACACCUGAUGUAGCACUUAUACUGCGAGCACAUUGUGCUGGUCAAGGUUUCAAGUCACAUAAAGUGAUUGCAGAUCGGCUGAAGCUUGUCUCUGAUAUUGCUGCUCGACAGCUDGGCAAAGCCAUGCAUCACAAUUUCAGUCUCCUAUCACUGGUCAGUGUUAUUCARCAUGCUGGUCAAAAGCGAAUUGCUCAGGGACCAAUUGGAAGUAAGCUUACUACAAACCAACCUGAAUUUGCAGGAAGACCAUCUAGUACCCAGUCUGUCAUACCAGGAAAAGAGAGAACAUUUGGACAAAAGGAGAAGAAACCCAACACACCAUCAGCAUUAACACCAGCAGCAAAGUUAGAACAUGCAUUCAUUGCACAGUCAAUAAUAGAGUGUAUUGGACCAAGACUUACACCUGAUGAAAUGAAUGUCCUUAAUGCAAUAGUGCGUGAUGUCUUCUAUGGUCUACCCAAGCUCCCUGCCCCACCCUAUCACAUGACUAAAGAGGUUGAAGACUUUGAAGGGGUGUUGUUUCAAUACACUAAAGAGAAUGGAUUGGUAGCACACCAUCCAUGGAUUAUCAAGAUUAAUCAAUUGAGAAAUCUCUCCAAGUUAUACCAUGGUAUAAUAGUGGCAGGGCCCCCUGGAACAGGAAAGUCAUCUUGUAUAUCCGCUUUGAUUGAUACACUAACAGAGUGUUCUAACAUAAAACACAAGAAUACUGGGUCGCCGAUGCACAACCACAAGCUACAAAGAAUCUAUCCUCUAGGAGUAUCAGACCCUACUCUAAUGUUUGGUAAUAUCAAUAGCAAUGGGGACUUUGAAGAUGGGAUAUUUACAGGUUAUUGGAGAAAGGCUAACAAGGAUCAUAGUGUACAUAAAAUGACUACAUGGAUAUGUCUAGAUGCUCCCUUACACCAUGGCUGGGCUGAAACACUUAACAGUGUUUUGGAUAAAGGGCAGUAUCUCAAUCUGCUGAAUGGUGAAAGGUUGUACCUGUCAGAACAUGUAAAGCUGUUGUUUGAAACUGAUGACCUGAUUAAUGCUUCUCCUGCAACUGUUGCACGGACAGCAAUAGUGCUCAUGGAUGAAAGUGCACUGGGAUGGAGACCACUAGCUGAAGCAUGGCUAUCAAACAGACCACCACAAGAAGCCAUUUGCCUACAAAGAGUCUUCAAUAAAACAGUGGAUGCAAUAUCACAGUUUAUUCGUUUUGAAGCAAGGCCUUGUAUGAAAGUGUGUGAAGUUGGUUUGUUUAACACUUGUUUGGCUAUGGUCAAAGCCCUCAUUGAGGGUAACACUGACAUUGGCGGUGAGCUGCAUAUUGAGCGCCUAUUUCUUUUUUCCCUUAUUUGGUCAUUUGGCAGUCACCUUGACGAGCAGGACAAAAAGAAGUUUAGUGAAAUCUUGUUGUCUCUGACCACAGCAUUACCAGACUAUGAUCAAGAGAUAUCAGUAUUUGACUACUAUGUAGAUGAGUCUGGUGAAUGGGAUACUUGGCAAUCCAAAGUUCCUGACCUGAGCUAUCUUGAUGCUGCUGAUUUAUUAGGGGAAGUGUUUGUAGAGACAAUAGAUACGGUUCGUACAAGGAUGUUUAUGGACUUAGCCAGUGCAUCUGGUAGAAACAUCCUACUUACUGGUCCAAAUGGUUGUGGCAAGACUUCACUCAUUAAUGACUUUUUAAACAAGCAAGAGGACAAGAACCACAUUGUCAAGCAGUAUGUGUUUAGUGGGACAUCUAAAGCUGUAUAUUUACAAACGUUUGUAGAAAAUAACAUCCACCACAGACAAGGCUUUGUGUAUGGAGCCAAGAGAGGGAAAAAUUUAAAUAUCUUUAUAGAUGAUCUUAGUAUACCAUCACAAGAUCAAUAUGGUGUUCAGGAAGUCAAUGAGUUGUUGCGUCAAAUUCUCGACCAAGAAGUGUUGUUUAACACCAAGAAGCCAUUUGAUCGUCGUGUUUUGGAGGGUGUUGUGCUAACAACAGCCAUGGCUGUUUCUUCAGGGACCAGUGAGAGAAAGCAAGAAAUACCAGAGAGAUUGAAACGUCAUUUUGCAGUUUUCCAUCUGCCAUCACAUUCUCCGGAUUCUUUGUUUACUAUUGUGCAAUGUGUUCUUGAGGCUAACAUGGCUCAGAAUCAAGGAAUGGGUCUCCCGCAAGAAUUACAUGAACAGAUUGUUAGAGCAUCAUGCUUAUUGUUGAAUAGUGUCCAGGACGCAUUAAGACCCUCAUCGACUCCUGGGCGGUACCAUUACCAGUUUAACCUUAGAGAUCUUACCAGGGUAUUCCAGGGUCUGAAAAGCUGUUCUGAAGAAAUGCGAGCUGAUGAUGACUACAUAGCUUUGUUAUGGCAACAUGAAGUACUAAGAGUGUUUAAGGACCGCAUCACAAGGGCAUCUGAUAUCAAGUGGUUUGACAAGAACCUGAAAAAUAUCCUAAAAGAGUAUUUCCCUGCCCUUCCUGCCAAUAGCCCACCACCAUUGUUUAUCACGUUCCCCCUGGAAACUACGUCGUAUUCAUCUCGUCCUGUCACUCAAACAAGGAGCUCAGCACCAAAGAACACAUUGCAAGUGAUAAAUGACAUCAAUGAAGUCUCACAACGUCUCCAGAAUUACUUUAGACGGUACAAUGAUGAAUUCAAUGAGGGAUUAGAUCUUAUGGUGUCCUCACACGUUAUGUACAAUGUUGUACGACUACACAGGAUUCUCAGCUACAAGAACAGAGGUAACGCACUUCUAGUAGGAGCCAUUGGGACACACCUAGCUUCACUGGCUCGUUUGGCUUUAUAUAUGCUGGACUACCAUAUUCAUCCUAUAGACUGUUCGUAUCCAAACUCUUUCCUUGAUGGUCUUCGUGCUGCUGUCAGACAGGCUGGUUGUGAUGGCAAAACUACCACAAUUCUAUUUACGGCAGCGGAUCUCAAAGAUGACACCUAUCUGGAUGCCCUAAACAGUCUCCUCAUCAGCGGUGAAUACCCGCCAUUGUUUUCUGAAGAUGAACUGGAAAGCUUGCUGCAAGCACUUAUGCCAGCCAUCAAGCGCAAGUUUUCUAGUUUCCUGGCCGAUCCUAUGAAGUUUUUUAUCACUCGUGUCAAAGCCAACCUGCACAUAGUCUUGUGUCUUCCACCCACUCACAAACUUCUACGAGAUGGGUCCAAAUGCUUUCCAGGUAUUCUUUAUGGUUGUCAGACAAAUUGGGUCAAAGACUGGCCACAGUAUGCUAUGGAGGGCGAGGCAUCGCAUUACCUAGCCAAGCACAAAGUAUUGGAUGGAAUUGACGAACAAGCAAGGCAAAGAGUCGUAUCCAGUCUCUCUACAAUUCAUGGUUAUGUGUUACGAGAAUGUCAUCAGAUCCCGUGGUCUGGGAGUGACAUAGCUAUCCGUACAGCUUCCGCUGGUGAUGAGGACGCAGACUUGCCGUUAUCAAAGAACCUGUUACUUGAGCGAAUAAACCUUUUACAUCAAUCAUCAGACGGUAUAGCACUUGGUAGGAUAGGCAUCGGACCUACCACGUAUAUCCAGGCUAUGCAUUGUUUUGUACAUGUCUUUAGAACUAAGAGAUUGGAGACUAAACGACAGGUAGACAAGCUAAGUCGUGCGUUGGCAACGCUGGAUCAAACGCGUAAAGAUGCUAUCAUGAUCAAAGAUGUCAUAACUCAGACAAGAGAGAAACUUGAAGUAGCAACUGUUGACUCAGCUGAUUUGCUUAAAGUACUGACAAGUAAAGCUACUUCAUUAGAGAAACUAAAAGCCAAACUUGGUAUUGGUAGCUCGACCCUUAGUGCAUUCACCGCCAUGAUUGAUAAUGAGAUAGAAGUGGAUGACAACACACUGUUAGAUGAUGAUGAAGAAGACGAAUUGGAUGAAGAAUUUGAAAAAAUUAAAAACGCAAAAAUGAAAAGUAGAAAGAUCAAAGUGAUUGAGGAAAUUGCUACAGCUGAAGUCAGUGUUCAAGAAGCUAAAGUUCAGCUGAAAAAGGCUGAGCAAUUGGUGUACCGUUGGCAAGCUAAGGUUGACCGUUCUCUUAUUGAAAGACUUCGCGCCUUCCAAAGCCCACCACAAAUGACUGGUAUGGUCAUGGUCAUGGUUAUGGUACUUCUUGGACGUCCAGAAUUUGCAGCUGGUAUUGGUGGUGCUGGUACUCUUCCCUCUCCUGUCAGUAGGGAGAGAAAGGGUGAGUCUAUGGCGGGAGGGUCUGAUGAGAUGUCAAGAGCAAGUUCAGCAACUUUGAGACGAAGAGGAAUGAAGGAGCAGGCAAGAGGCUCAACUACACAAGUUAACCUGCUUGGAGUGUCUGCAGAUGGUAAGGUCGACCGCACAUCCUGGAAAACCAUCCAACAAAUCAUGAAUGAUUCACAAAAGUUUGUUGAGUCAUUGCAUCACGUGCCAUGGAAGAAUGGCCUUAACGAUGAUACCCUUGCUGGUGUCCAGUCCUUCCUAGUGACUAAUAGUGAAGGGGAACUGGGCGUGAGUGAUGAUUUGAAUUCUGCUGCUGCUGGUGCCAGUGCCAGUACAUAUGUAGCACCACCUUCAGGUCGACAAAUGACUACUUUACAAGAACGUAAAGCUCAAGGUAUCACCAUUGCUGCAGCCAAAUAUUCAUCAGAAGACGCUGCUGUGCUGGUUGAAUAUAUCAUUGCUCUAGUAGACUACACUCGUCUCUACAAACCUUACAAUAAAGCCAUGGAAUACUUGGAAGAAUUGCUGAGAUUAAAGGAAGAGGAUGAGAGACGAACUGAAAUAGAACUCGAAAAACAACAGGCUCUUCCUGAAAAGGAAGACGAAGCUGAACCAGAACCAGAGCUAACAGAAGCAGAUCUUCCUGGUUUACAACAGGAAGUCAAGAAGCUGCAAGAUGAGUAUGACGAUGCAGUUGUUAUUAAACAUAACCUUGCCAAUGAUGUGAAGUCGUGCAGUGAACGUCUCAAAGCGGCUACUGAUCUGCUGCAUAGUUUGAAGCUCAUAGAAAAAGAUUGGAAAUCAUACGUACAAGAGUACUCUUCGCCUGAAGUGCUGCUGGCCAAUAGUAUCGCAGCUGCAGCCUUCCUCACCUAUUGUGGUGCUAUGGGUAUUGAUCAAAGAAAACGAAUGGGCAAGUACUUCAUGCAAGUUUGUCGUGAAAAUGGUCUUCCAAUACAGCAAAGACAUUUGUUUUCACGCUUGACGUUAGCAGAGUUCCUAAAAGGGAAGGUGAUGCUGAAGAAGUGGGAAAAUCUGAGUCUACCCACGGACCCCCUGUCUCUCGAUAACAUGUGCAUCGCAUCGCAAGAAAAGUCGUCUGACACAUGGCCAUUGCUAUGCGAUCCACAAAGGAUUGCGAUAACAUGGAUUAACACAAUGCUGGGGCAGACAACUACCGUCAAAUACAAGGAGUUACGAGGUCAUCUUGAGACGUGUCUUAUGGACGGCACCACUCUUCUCAUUACUGAUGUCGAUGUUGAUGAACUCAAGUCUGACAACAGAUUUUACCACAUUCUACAAAACAGAUCACGAUUUUUAACGUCUACUUCACCAUUUAAACUGAUGAUCAGCGAACAUGAAAUCGAAUGUCAGCCAGGCUUUAGGUUGGUAUUCGCAACUACUUCUCCUGGCGACUCGGUUCCUGCAGGAUUGGCAGCUCACGUUAAUGUUGUAGAGUUCGUUCAGUCACGUGAAGGAUUAGAGGAAAUGUUUCUUGAUCGAUUCUUGAGGCUCGAAAAACCAAGAAUGCAAGAAACACGAACGCAAGUCAUCACGGAAUUGGUGACGUUAAUGGAGGGUCUUCAUGAUGCAGAAGAGAACAUUCUAUCAUGUCUGGGCAGCGGUCAUCGUUUAUUGUAUAACCUUGCAGCCACUAAGAAACUCGCAUCCAUUAAACGACUCCACGACGAAACGCUUGAAAGCGAGAUGCGGUCGAGAGGGAUUGAGAAUUCCAUAUUACAGUCACGUGAGGGCUAUCGACCAAUCGCUCGUCGAGCCGCUGUCAUGUUUGACGUGUCACGUGUGAUGUCAAAGAUCAACCCCGCCUACCAGACGUCACUAUCACAAUUCCUUGUCGUCUUUGACGCCGCGAUAACCCACUCUGAAAGAACUGCCGUGAAAGCUGUAGUUGAACGUCUUGGAUACAGUGCCUUUUACACUACAUCAAGAUCACUUUUUGAACAAGACAGAACUUUGUUUACUCUAUUGACAGCACUCGAGGUUGAAGACGCAGCUAACCGUCUGAGUGCUGGUGAUAGGGAGUUUCUAAUUCAUCCUUCAUAUGGGGCAACAGUGAAAGCAGCUCUUAACCCAAUGUUGGUAACAGAAUCAGCAUCCCGUACUCAAGGAAAAAAGCCUUUUGAUUGGAUGCUUGACGAACAGUAUUCUAACUUACAGCUAUUGGCCCAGCAUUUUGAAUGGUUCCAAGAUCCAUUUGACAAGAUGGCUAAAGAUGGACGAGAGACCCAAUGGCGGCAAAUAACAGAACACGAGAAACCUGAACUCGUCGCUCUUCCCGAUGGUUUGGAUGACAAAUACACGCCCAUUCAAAGGUUCAUGGUGAUUCGUGCUUUGCGUGGUGAUAGACUUUUACCGGCUGCCACGUGUUUUAUAACAUCUGUCUUGGGGAAAAGAUACACGGGAGACCAGCCAUUAGACCUACCAACGGCUUAUCGUCAAAGUGACUGCCGCAGACCAGUAGUACUGCUUUACACACGUGAAGCCAAUAUGGUGGAAAAGAUUGUUAUUGACGGGGCUCAAAAGAAACAAGUUGAGCUGCACGUCGUGGCUCUUAGCAAUUCAGGUGGCAAUGAAGAACGAAUGGCGAGAAAGCUCGUACAUAAAUCUAUGGUGCAGGGAAGCUGGGUUCUCCUUCACAAUGCACACAAUACACCGCGUCUUCUUGCUGCUCUUGAUUCGUUCAUGCAUGAAACCAAGUCAGUUGACCCUGAGUUCAGGCUGUGGGUGUCUGUCCUACCCAACCCAGACAUAUCGUCGUCACUGCUGCAGACAGCUGUAAAAUUGGUUGCUGAUUCACCAUUGAGCACCAAAGAGAGUCUUCAGCGGUCCCUAUCGUGGAUUGAUAACGAACUACUACGUGUCAGUAACAGACCAGAAUGGCCUCCCUUACUUCACAAUCUAUGCAUGCUACACAGUGCCGUACGGUUACGGUGUAGAUACAGGUUGGCAGGAUGGAAUAAACCUGAUGACUUUAAGAACGUAGGCACUGGGAAAUUAUGGCAAGCUCUUGAUCUAGCUGUACGAGAGUUCCAAGAGUCUGCUGACUCACCAGGAGCAGGAGGUCGAAGUAUACAGUGGAACGGUCUACGCUACAUGUUGACAGAGGUUGUAUACGGUAGUUGUGUCAGUGACGACUUUGACCGCCAGGGACUGAGCGCUAUGAUUGACUAUUGGAUCAGCCCAGCUGCCGUAAAGAGAGAAUUUGAAGCUGCUAAGACGCGGUACAAGCUACCUCCAGCAUUCUUUAGUAGUCACGUUAGGUCAGCAGGCAUCCUCGCUGCCAUGGAAACAAUACCAGGUGAUAUUCUCGAAAUACCAGAAGCAAGUGGGCUACAUGCAUCACCUGAGACUCAUCUGCCAGAUCAUCAGUAUGUUUUUACCCGAUUAAACCUUCUUCUGGAUCACAUGGCUGCUACAGAUAGUCUGACACACGCAGUCAGCGACCCAUCAGCCAUCACCACUACAUCUGGCGUCAUUUUGAACAGUUCUAGUGCCCAGGCUAUCGGUGGUGGCGCAUUGUGCUUGGCCGAGGCUGGUGUGUUUGCUAGUGCCAGUUUAGUAGCAUUUAAAAGUCGAAAAGAGGUGGAGCUGAACGAAAUUUGCAUUUCUUUGCUUAGUAAAUUGCCAAAGAUAUGGAAUAAGGAGAGUGUUUAUGAACGAAUGAAGAAAGCUGGUGGAGCGACGCCUUUCAACUUGUUCGUGCUGGCCGAGGUGGAUUGUAUGUCACGGCUGCUAACAACUGUACGCGAGACAUUACAAACCAUCAAGAAUACCACUGAUGAUGGUGCAUAUGGUGAUCAGCUGAGUCAGGAUGUACUGCAAGUCGCUGACGAUCUCUACCAUUCACGUAUCCCUGAGAAAUGGACGGCGUUGGGUGGUGAUGUUACCCCUCCUCCCACGUGGAGUCUUGGCUCAUGGUUUACUGACCUGUCAAACAGGUUUUCUCAUAUCGAUAGAAUCGUUGUACAGGGUCGUGAUCGAGUACCUGCGUACUGGCUUGGUGCUUUCUUCAAUCCACGCCGUCUGCUGUCCAUAAUAAAACAGGAAGCAGUUCGACAUCAUGAAGGAAAGUUAUCAAGUACAGAGCCUUACAUAUUCCAGACUGAGAUCACCGGUAGAGAUAAAGAUCACCUUCGCGAGCCUCCAGUAGAGGGGAUAUUUGUAUAUGGUAUUUAUCUAUGGGGAUGUGCUUGGGAGAAAACUACAGGGGACCUGCUGGACGCACCACCUAAAUAUGGUCCCACACCUCUACCAGUGGUCCAUAUCACAGUAGUACCACAGACUGACAAAGCGUCGCUAAAUGACCCGGUUCGUGCAGCCGUAUCGUAUUCUUGCCCUUGCUAUCCAUCAAGGAUUUGUGCACGAGAGCCAGUAAUGCUUCUUGAUGUAGAUAAUAAAGACGUUACAGGGACACGAUGGCCGUUAAGGGGUCUAUCAAGUACUUUACGACCCUUCUAGAGACUCUUUGUUCCUUUCGAGACGUUACGGAGUCUUUUCUAGUUUUUUUUUACUCAUUUUGAGAGUCCAGUUGAUGAUAGAUUGUGUGCAGAACAAUUUUUGAGGAUGUAUAUAUUCUUUAUCUUCAUAUUGUAAUUAAGACCAUUGAACCAUAACAAUUGCUUUUCUAUAUGUAAAUAAACAGGUUUUGGCAAAAAC